AUGGAGAUAGUCAAAGAAGAGACAUCCCCGGGUGCGGUUGAAGAGAUGUACUCCAGUGCGGUUAACGAGUUGUCUCCUUCCCCCGGUCCACCUAUGGGGUUCAAUCACCCAAUGUUGAUAUGGCCUUCAAGCGGGUCUUUCAACAAAGAUGUCCAUUUCUGGAAGACUGAGGAAUUUGGCUACUUUUACCCUGAUUACCGCGUCACCGCCAAGCACAUUGAGACCAAAUAUCAAGCCGAACUUGGAAUGCACGUCAACAUUUUUCACAACGUUGAGGCUUUCGUGGAUCAAGUCCGCGGCUUUCUCCAAUUCAAACCUGAGAACCUUAUCCGAGACAACCUCCACCUCUGUUUGCGCGGCGAAGCUCUGGGCUGGUACAACACCGAGCUCGAUUGCAACGAACGAGAGGAUCUCAGUGAGUUCCCUUUGGAGCAUGCGCGUGGAUGGUGUGGUCGAAUCACCUCCCGCUUCAGCCUAUCUCUUACCCGAACUCGUCUCUACCUGGUCUGCGGCGCUUCUGGAGACACCAUCUGCGAGACCGCCCGCAAUAUUGUACACUAUGCUCGCGCCGCCGGAGUCAAGGAGCCAUAUCAUCACAUGCUACAGAUCAUGCGAUACCUUAAGCAUACUCACCCUGCUCAUGCUGCGUGUAUUGAGACUCCUACUCCGUAUACUAUGUUCACGGAGUUUAUGCAACAGCUUUACCUUGCAGAGCAGAACGUGUUCUCUGAUUCCGAUACCGAUGAUAGCAGCAUGACAACGGAUACUUGGGUUGGUCUGGAUGAGGGCUUGCUAUCAUACAGCGUCUUCAAGAAGGGCAUUUAG